AAGCUGUUCCUGACGUCAGCGCAGUCACACGAGCUGCUGGCCGCCCAGCAGGCAGCUGCCUCCCCACCCCGCGCUCCUAAACUCAACCCCAUCGCCGCUAUGUUCCAGCAACGGCAGCAAAAAUCUGCAGCUGACGCCAGCAAAGGCAAAACUGACGCCGAUAAACUGCGAACUGACGCAAGCAAAGGCGAAACUGACGUCGGCAAAGUCAAAACUGUCGGCAGCAAAGGCGAAACUAGCGCCAGCAAAGGCAAAACUGACGCCGGCAAAGGCGGAACUGACAUCGGCAAAGGCAAGCCGGACGCCAGCAAAGGCAAAACUGUCGCCAACAAACGGCAAGCUGACGCCAGCAAGCCACAGAAACGUACGACUGAAACUGCCAGUCAGCAGUCAAAACAAAGAAGGGAGAAAGCCAAUCUUAAAUCAAAGAUUGGCUAUACGAGGCAAAAAAAUACUAAGAAGACGCGUAUUUCGUCUGAUGAAAGUGAAGAGCAAGAUAGUGAAGAGGAUAUAGGAGUGGAAGUGGAGGAGGGAAAGGAGGGACCAAGCAAAAAGGAGAAGGAGGGACCCAGCAAAAAGGAGGGAAAGGAGGGACCCAGCAAGGAGGAGAGCUACACGCUGCUGCUGGUGGAAGAUCUGGACCUGCUGUUCAGCGAGAGGGACGACGGUUUCCUGACAUCAGUCAACUCGCUGCUGCUGACCAGCAAGCGGCCUGUGCUGCUGACAUCGACUGACGGGCGUACUGCUGCUGCCAUGCUGCGUCAGCACUGCAGACAUGCUGAGGCAUCCCGGCCUGACAUCAGCACGCUAGCCGUGCACCUGCAGCUGAUGAGUGUGGUGGGCUGCGGUGCAGCUGUUGCUGCUGCAUCUGCUGCACGUGUUGCUGCAGCUGCUGCAUCUGCUGCACGUGUUGCUGCAGCUGCUGGCACUGACGUCAGAGCAGCUGUGAACGCUCUGCAGUGCUACGUGAUGUAUCACGACAAGUCGUCUGCGGCCUCUGCGUUGGAACGUGCAGCGCUGCCGCGACUAACUUCAACCCAAGCGUUAAGUUCAACUUCAACUCAAGCAGCAAGUUUUGUUCCUCUGGAAGGUUCCGCGGAGAAUUUGGAGCUUCCACAAAAUUUCUACCCUGAAUUAAAAGAUUUAUUCCCUGGAAUUGAAGUUGAAAAUCUAACACCAUUGACCCCAAGUUACCCUAUCAAAUAUUUACCACAAAAUAUUGACAAUAAAUUUGCAGUUAAAAUAUAUGAUUCCAGGGACGGUGAUGAAACAAACAGAAUUGUUUUGCCGUUGCACGCAAUCCCGCAGUUUAGUUUCACGCACGUUCUUCUGCCGCUGUUUUUGUGCCUGCCUAAACGCAGGAUGGAGGCGAGGAAAAAGAAGUUCCCACUGAGUCUGGAUGACCCACAACUGAAGGAGGUGCCCUUGUAUCGCAAGUACUCCUGGCUGGACGUCGACAGCGACUCUGACGAUGAGAAGUGCGAGAACUUCAUGAAGAGCUGCCAACAGGAGAACCAAACCUCCGCUGUAAGUGCUAGAAAAUUUGCUGUAAAUGGCGGCGAGAGUGAAAAUAAUGUCGGCAAGAAUGAUGAUGAUUGUGAAGAAGAAAAUUGUUUCUCAAGCGAUCGUGAAGUUUCAAAACGUCGACAGUCGUGCAGCUCUUCACGUAGCAGUCUCAGAACUUUCCGUAAGGACAACAACUGUGAAAGUCCCAAGUUAGGAAACCAGCAAGAAACCGAAAAAGAAUCUACAGAGACUGGCGGUAAAAUUGACAUUAAAAUUUCAGGGGAGAAUGUAUCGCCCUUGAGUGCUAAGCCUACAAAUGCGUCUGCAGUGGUGGCUCUGGAGACCAUCGCUGGCUUAUUGAAUGAUUUUGCAGACCUGGAUAUUUUAUCCACGCUUCCCUACGACAAUUUGGUCGCUCCUAUAGCCAGCUACACAUCGUCUCCUGCCGCCCACCUUCUGCAAGUGUCUUCAGUUUGCCGUGCAUCGAAUUCUGGUUUGAGUCCCAGCAAUGGAAAUUCACCUAUUCCGAAAAUUCGCAAUUCAACAACAGAAAAACAAAAUUCUCUUUUGACUGAGAGUGAGAAAUGUUGUGGCAGGUUCAGUCUACUCGAGACUUGUUUCGACCGCCACUCGUCCUUGUGGCGAACGCAGUGUCAGCCACACCACUGCCUCACAGACAGCCUCUCAGACGACCACUCAGUCGAGCCUUACCACAGCCACUCUUACCUGCAGGCAGACAUAACUUCAAGCCUCUCUGCAGCUUCUCUAUUGUAUCACCUAAAUUCCCUUGAAAAAACAGUCAAGGACAUCGACUUUGACGCUAAAGUUGCCGGCAAAACGAUGCUUGAUAUUAUGUCUGUUCCUGAUUUGGUUGGCGACACCGAAUCUAACCACAGUGAUGACCGCUACACAUGUCAUGUGGACAAUAAUUCCCUGUACUCGCUGCUGCUCUCGCGGCUGCCGCCCCAACACCUGCUGGGGGGCGGCAGCUAUGAGGUGGUGGCGAUGCUGCGACACUUGGCACGGCAGGACGCCAUCACCAGCGCAGUCAACCUCCUGAAGCGGCACAGACGGCGUCCGGCCGUCAGGGGAGGAGGGUGUGCGCUGCUCGCGCUCGUCGGGGUCGAGAAUCUCGGGGAAACUAAACUAACUGCGAUGGCGAACGCUCUCUCGGAUGUGUAAAUAAGUUGUUCCGUUGUGGUAUUUUAUGUUAAUGGGUGUGUCCUCACAAUUUUUUUCAUUACGUUCGGAUGCAAGGUUUUAAA